AUGGCUGCCGCUGGGGCAGCUGGGGUGUACGACCACCUGCUGAAGCUCCUCCUGAUAGGAGACAGCGGCGUAGGGAAGAGCUCUCUUUUGUUGCGCUUCGCUGAGGAUAAGUAUGAUGAGCAACAGCUCUCCACCAUCGGGGUGGACUUCAGAGUGAGAUUCCUGGUGGUGGAUGGUGUGCGACUCAAGCUGGCGAUUUGGGAUACGGCAGGACAGGAACGCUUCAGAACCCUUACCUCAUCUUACUAUAGGGGGGCUCAGGGCAUCAUUCUUGUCUACGACGUGGGGUGUAGGGAGACCUUCGAAAACUGCUCGCACUGGCUGCAAGAGGCGGAACGACACGGGACGGUCCCGGGCAGCAUCAAGAUGAUCGUUGCGAAUAAGGUUGACACGACUCGGGUGGUUUCGACGGAAGAGGGCCGGCAGCUGGCAGCGCAGCUCGGCACGCUCUUCGUAGAGACCUCCGCCAAGACCUCCGCAAAUGUGCAGAAGGCAUUCGAGGAGCUUGUCACGCAGGUGUGUACUUACGGUGUUUUUGUAUGCUUCUCAGAUUCUCGCGACGCCCUCGCUGCUAACAAACACGCAGCCAAUCAGCAGCAGCACCAUUGCAGUGACUGCGGAGGACGCGAUCGAUGA